AUGGCUCCUGCGACUCAAUACGAACUUUCACCGCCUCCUACCGACGCGGUGUCGUCCAUCGCGUUUGCGCCAUCCUCAGGAACCAAGCUCCUUGUCUCAUCAUGGGACAAGAAGGUGUAUUGCUAUGAUAUCGCGGGCGGAGCGGGAGAGACAACUUUGGUCAACACAUAUGAGCACCGAGCACCGGUCUUGGACGUCUGUUUUGGAGCGGACGACAAUGAAGCAUUUACUGCUGGCAUGGACUGGGGUGUCAACAGAAUCAACUUGGAGACUGGUGAGAAGACAUUGUUGAGCAAGCAUGCUGCACCGGUUCGAUCUAUAGCCUACAGUCGUACAUACUCCAUUCUGGUGUCGGCAUCUUGGGACUGUAGUCUGAACCUUCAUAAUCUCGGAGACCCUUCAAGUACCCCCAUAAGGAUCUCCCUUCCUGGCAAGCCCCAUGCGCUGGCUGCCAGUCCUACAAAGAUUGUAGUUGCCAUGGCCGGCCGUGUCAUUAACAUCUACGACCUCAAGACCAUUGUUGACUUGUUCGCAACUGGCUCUUCUGUUCUUCAACCAUGGCAGCAGCGUGAAUCGUCUCUGCGAUAUCUUACGCGCGCAGUCUCUUGCAUGCCUAACGAUGCUGGAUACGCUACUAGCAGUAUCGAGGGUCGGGUUGCAGUUGAGUGGUUCGAAGAUACAGCGGAGUCGCAAGCUCGAAAGUACGCUUUCAAGUGCCAUCGUCAAGCAGCAGCGGAUGGCGAUGGAGAUAUUGUCUACCCUGUGAAUGCCUUGGCCUUCCACCCGGUUCAUGGAACAUUCGCUUCAGGGGGUGGUGAUGGCACCGCGGCUCUGUGGGACGCCGAAGCAAAGCGACGACUCAAGCAGUACCAGAAAUUCCCCAACAGCGUUGCUGCACUUGCCUUUUCGAGUGAUGGCAAGUACCUUGCUGUUGGUGUAUGCCCUGGAUUUGAGACUGGCCAGGAAGACUACAAUGGUGCCGGUCAGACGGCGGUGUUGAUUCGUGAGCUUGGAGAGAACGAAGCUAAAGGCAAGGGGGCCAAAUAA